AUGUCGUCGUCCGCUGUUGAAGCUGCCACCGCGACGUCCUCCGUGGCGUCGUCCCCCAGACUGAACGCCGUCGAGGCCGCCAAGCUGGACCAGCAGGAGGUCGAGUCCGGGUACGGCUCCGCCACCGACGCCUCGUCGACGUCGUCCUCCAUCGCGGCCCUGCCGCUCAUCUCCCUCACCCAGCCCCACCUCAAGCACCUCAACGACCAGCUCGAGGACAUGCACCCCAUCGACAUCCUGCGCUUCUGCCGCGUCAUGUUCCCCAACCUCUUCCAGUCCACCGCCUUCGGCCUCACCGGCCUCGUCACCCUCGACAUGCUCUCCAAGAUCCAGAAGGAGAACCCCGCCGCCGCCAACGUCGACCUCAUCUUCCUCGACACCCUCUACCACUUCUCCGAGACCCACGCCCUCGUCGACCGCAUCCAGCAGCGCUACCCCAACGUCAAGCUGCACGUCUUCAAGCCCUUCGGCGUCGACACCACCGCCCAGUUCGAGGCCAUGUACGGCGCCCGCCUCUACGAGACCGAGGCCGAGAUGUACGACUGGAUCGCAAAGGUCGAGCCCCUGCAGCGCGCGUACCAGGAGCUCGGCGUCGCCGCCGUGCUGACGGGCCGCCGCCGCUCCCAGGGCGGCGCGCGCGACAAGAUCCCCAUCAUCGAGGUCGACGACGAGCGCGGCGUCGUCAAGAUCAACCCGCUCGUCAAGUGGUCCUUCAAGCAGGUCCAGGACUACAUCAAGACGCACAACGUGCCGUACAACGACCUGCUCGACCGCGGGUACAAGUCCGUCGGCGACUGGCACUCGACGGUGCCCGUCAAGGAGGGCGAGGACGAGCGCGCCGGCCGCUGGAAGGGCCAGCAGAAGACCGAGUGCGGCAUCCACAACAAGAAGUCGCGCUACGCGCAGUACCUCGAGGAGAUGGAGCGCAAGGCCGUCGAGGCCAAGAAGGCGGCGCCGUCGUCGUCGGCCGAGGCUGAGAAGGCCGGCCAAGCUGCCGUCGCGCCUGUUGUCAAGGCGGAGAAGGAGGAGCAGGCCGUCGCGUCGCUGUGA